GUUGAACGAAAAUAAAACACGAGCUCGCGUAAACAAAAGAAUUUUUCCUCUAAAUAAACCGGUCAGGUGCAAAUGAAGUGAUCCAAAAGCAGAUAAAAUAAACGACGAAAUGGCGUCUUUAGCGGAAAAGACGAAAUACACAAACACAUUUCGGUUCAAAUCAUUUGGAGACCGUGUGAAUGAGAUCGACCUGCGGCACUUGGCCCUCUAUCACAUUGGCCACCGCAACGAAGAGCUCGACGAGGAGGAGAAUGCCACCUACUUCCAGCAGACGAUCCAGAAAUGGAACGUUCUCAACCUGACUGAGGAGUACAACUACUUCAGCAAACGAUGCCGGAAGAUAGUUACCUUGCCGCAGCUGCUGCACCAGAGGGAGUUUGUGGUCGACUUGCUGCUGGAGCGCCUGGCCACGGCCACAAAUCUGUCGCAGCAGCCGCUGCUGGAGCUGCUUUACGUGCUCGCCCGCGAUCUUCGCGAGGAGUUCUACCCGUAUUUCCAGCGCGUGCUGGACCGCCUGAUCUGCCUGCUGAACACCCAGGAUGCCGAGCAGCUGGAGUGGACGUUGAUCUGUCUGGCGCACCUGUUCAAGACCCUUAAGCCGUAUCUGAAGCGGAACAUUGGCGUGGUCUUCAACGCCAUUCUGCCGCUACUGGAUGAGCAGCACUAUGCCGAGCACGUGACCAACUUCGCCGUAGAAUGCUUCGCCUACAUAGCCCGCGAUGUCCGUGAUUUCCGCUUCCUGGCCUACGUUCUCAAGACCGUGCUGCGGGAACAGGUUGAGAGUGUCCACGGCUGCGGCAGACUCAUCUACGAGAUACUGCGCGGCGUCAACGGACAGCUGCACAACUCUGCCGCCGAAAUCUUCGCCCACGUCCUGGAGGUGCUCGUCAACAGCACCUCGGCUCACACGAAAGCCCAGACUGAGCUGUUGGGAGACAUUGUGGAGCAUUCAAUGGGACUGCUGCUGAACUUUUUGCGCUCGGACCAGAGUUCCGUUCUCUGGCAAGGCCUCUGCUCAGCUGCCGGCAGCGGUGAAAGUGUGGAUGUGUCGCGCCUAAUCGAUCUAAUGCUGCCGCUUGUCACCCACAAGGAUGGACGCUACGUCUCAGAACUCCCGCUUGUGGUGGCCACGCUGCUAAAGCUGUUGGACCGGGGGGUGGAGCCGCUCCAUCCACUGACCACCUUAGUUACGAAUUUGCUGAAGGCUCAGCACGCGCAACUCACGCAACUGGACGCCAGUCGACUGCUACAGAAGCUGCUGAACGUAAGCCGGGCGGAUGUGUCCGUGUACGAGGACUCCAUUUUGCAGCUGCUGGACUACCAGCAGUUUGAAAUACUGGUUCUUCCCCACGUCAUUGCCUAUUACGAGGAGAAGAGAGAAGCGAGAGCCUUGGAGCUAUUGGCGCGCGUCGUCCAGCACAAGAGGCCACUGCAGGUGGAUGGCAACUCCCUAGUCCAAUGGGAUGUUUAUCCACUCCCGCUGAAGCAGAAGGAGACCAUCAAGAGCAUUGAACAGCAACUGCUGACGUUAGACGUGAAUGAGGAGGAUCACCUGUUGCUGUUGGUGCUGGCUCCUCACCUAAGAGGCUUCAGCAAACAGUCCUUGGACCAGGGACUACAAUCUGUCAUUGAACAGCGCUUGGAGGAAGGAGAAAAGGACUUCACACUGCUUCUAUUGCUACUUCAAACGCAUGCUCUACUCAAGUUCAAACUUUCCAAGGAUCUGCGUUCCAGAAUUCAAGAAUAUCUUAUUCCGCAACUGGGGACCGAUAUCAGGGCCUUGGCCUGCCUGCAACUGAUCCUCCUGGAGACCUCCAAAAGUGAGCUUUCCGCAUCGGAUGACCUACUAUCGGCCGUGUCGAACCAGUUGAGCCAACCUCAGUCGCAAUACCGACGCAUUGCGGCCCAAUGCCUGGAUGUGGUAAGCAAUUCGCUGAAACCUAAUCCAUAUUCCUACUUCUACGCCGCCACCUGCAUCGAGCCCACCGUCCACAACUACCGCGAGCUUCUCCUUCAGCUGCAACAGCUAGAACCCGCCGCAGCCCAGUUCAAGCAGUUCUCGCUGCAUCCGCACUUUAAGGAGCACGCGGUGAGCCUCCUGCUCGGCCUACUGUACAACAACUUCAAGUUUGUGUGGGCGCCGGUCCAGCAACUCUUGGCUGCCUACGUAAAGACAAUGACAACGGAGGAGUUCUGGAACCUCUUCAAGGCGAAACUAGUGGAGACUGUCGCCUGCAUAGACUACAAGAGGGAGGUGACAAUCCUGCAGCAACCCCACCGAAGGAGUUACAAUUCCGCAGCGUUGACCAUGUUGCUACCACUGGCGGAGGAGCAACAGCUCACACUCCAGCAGGCGCUCAACUACCGCCAGCUCCUGUGGCAAAGUCUUCCCAAAUUGGGCUCCCUUGCCGAGGUGAAAAAUGCCGACUUGGUGCGUCUGUUUCUUCAGUUCGUGGAGCAGGAGUAUCGAGCCCAGUUGGAGAAAUCGGAGCACACCUGGAAUGUGGACGAGGCAUCAGGUGAGCAGCUGCAGCAACUAACUGACGAUGCUGAUGACGAUGAGGAGGACGAAUCCAAGAACGAGUCCCGAACGCGAAAGAAGAGAAGAACCCACAAUUCUCAUGCCAAGUUCAUACUGCAGACACUCCAACUAAAGCUGGCCUGCUUUGUGUCCCAGCCGAAUCCCAAAGCUCUACAUCGGCAGGCAGAGAUGCACGAGUUCUAUCUGGAGCUACUGGCCGGUCCGAAUGCGCAGCUCCAACAACUGGCACUGGACUGUCUGGCGGCAUACAAGCAGCCGGUGGCUUUGGUCCAGCAGAAGGAGCAGUUGGCGGGUCUCAUCGAUGAAGCAAAAUUCAAGACGACGCUCACCGGAUUCGAAUUGGCCAAUGUACCGGCUCAGCAGAGAUCUGAACUGAUGCCCUUUAUGUUGCGCGUGCUUUAUGGAAAAAUGCUGACCAAGGGAGUCCAGAAGCAACUGAGUGCCCAGUUGCGAAAGACACUGAUUCUGCGAUUUCUGGGCCAACUGGAGGAGUCGGAAAUCAUGGACUUCCUGCAAAUGGCCUUUGGAAAGUUUUCUUCCUACACAGACAAACCAGUCGGCGAGUUGGCCAAGUACGUUCGGGACUCGUACGAUCCCUCGGCGGUGAUUGCAGCCAGACAACUCCAGAGGAUCGUCAAUCUCCUAGAGCUGAUUCGAAAGGAGUUCGCUGGCAAGCUUACGGCCUCCUUCCAAGGCUACGUUCUGAAACUACUGCUGCUCGUGGGAAGCGUCGCCCAGGAGGUCAUCAAAGGAGAGGGAAAACUGGUGGCUGCCUACAAGAAUGUCAAGCACUCUGGCUUGCAGACCUUGGUGAACUACUUCGGCCAGCUGGUGGACAUGGAGGAGUUGUGGCAGGAGCCAGAGAUGAAUGCUGUUUGCGAUGUCUACGUUUGGCCAGCGCUGCCACGCCUCUCCCAGGACUCCAUACACACGCCCACUCCCCUGCUGAAGUUGAUGCUUCUGUGGGGCGGGGAACCGCGCUAUCAGAAGUGGCUUAACCGAAGUCCUCCCACAGAUAAGGAGCCCAUAAUGCAUCACCUGAUGGCCCUGCUGCUGAACGAUAAAGCUAAACCGGUGGUGAAGCGAUCGCUGAUGACUCUGGUGGAGCAGCUUUUGGAGGCGGCUGCCACCGAGGAGUUUGGAGCCAUGGCCCUGGACAUCGUCCAACCUCACAUCCCGGCCAUCCUACAGCAGCUGCAGAAUAGUUGGCGAAAUAAGAAGGCCGGCAGGCAGGCGCUUGACAAGCGGGAGUUGAACAUCCUUACGUUGAUCACCUCGCAUGUGGAGGAGUCGUCAACCUGUGAGUUGCUCCUAAACGUAGUGCUGCCCAUCUUUACCAAGCAAGCAGCCUCAGCUGGCCCAGAAACAGUUGUGCAGUUGGUCACCACCCUGUCCAAUCUGUUGAAGAGAGUUCCCAGCCCACAGGAUUAUGUCCGUCCCUUAGCGCCGCUGUUUGAACAAGUUAAUGUGCUGCCAGCCAGGAAGCUGCUGUGCGAACUCUUGGCAGACAUGGCGAAGAGGCUGCAUAAGGAGGCCAAACAGAAGCCAGAACUCUCCGCUGCUGCCGCCUCUCUUCGUGAAUGGGCUCGGAUUGUACUACUCCUCAAUGCCUGGGACAAGAGGUGGCUGGAGCAGCCCGACUAUGACAAGCGCCUCGAAGCCCUGUCGGAGCUUAAGCAGCUGGUGGAGAAAAAGGACAUGAAACUGGACCUGGAACUGGCGGUCCUGGUACUCUACAACUGCUUUCACAUGCUGCGCCACGACUCGGACCUGGGCAUGAGGGUUAACAUAGGAGAGCUGCUGAAACCGCCUCCUCUGAUAACCUUGAAGCUGGAUGCCAAGGAGGACUCUCAUUUCUGGCUGGAGGACACGCUACUGCCCCUUUUGCAACGCUCGAUGAAGGACGAGAAGCACGAGCAUGCCAGAAGCGAGGCCAUCGGCUUGCUGGGUGAGCUCGCACGCCAAUGCCCAGCUGCCCACGAUGUCCUUAAGGAUCUGUCGCCACUGGCGGAUAAGCACGAUCUGGAGGUGGAUUUCUUCGAGAAUAUGCUCCAUCUGCAGACUCAGCGACAUGGUCGUGCGCUGCAGCGCCUGGUAAAUAUCUCCGGAGGCAUCUGGCGACAGGCGCCGCCCUGCGCCCGCACCUUAACCCAGUUCCUACUCCCACUGGCCACCCGAUAUCUGCUGAGUGAAAAGCAUGCCGGCAAACAUACACUGGUUGAUGCCGCCAUCGAGGCAGUGGGCGUGAUGAGUGAGCUCCUGCCCUGGACCCAGUACCACGCUGCUCUACGCUAUUAUCUACAGAAGCUCAGACAUGCCCAGGGUCAGCAGAAGCAGUGCGUCCGCCUGGUGGUGCGCAUAUUGGACGCCUUCCAUUUUGACCUGACGCAGGCGCAAACGGACUUGGCUGCCCUCGCCCAGCUCAAGCAGAAGCUGGCAGAGGAAAAGCCAGAAUCUGAAGAGCCAGAAGAAGCCAAGACUGAAGAGGAUGCCGAUGCUGAUGGUGAACCCGAAGAGAAGCCUCUGAAAACCGAAGAUCAGUCAGACUUUAUUGACUUUGAAGAGGAGGAAGCGGUCGAGCCAGUGGUAGAGCGCCAGCGGACGCAACUGUUGGGUCACAAUGCCGCCAAGCGGGUCAUGGCCACGAUUACAACUGUGCUGCUGCCCACUCUUAACAGAGCCAUUACAGAGAAGACCAACUACGACUCCAAGCACAAGGUAAAUCGCCGUCGUCUGAGCUACGAACGCGAGGAGGAGGAAAUACAGAAGGUGCCCAUAGCAUUGGCCAUGGUGAAGCUGCUGCAGAAGUUGCCUUUGGAAUUGCUGGACAACAGUCUGCCAGGAAUCUUCAUGAAGGUCUGCACUUUCCUACGUUCCCCUCUGAAGUCCGUUCGCAUGCUCACUCGUGACAUCCUAAAGAAGAUCAUGAUCACGCUGGGUGGCAGCUAUCUGGGUCUGUUGCUGGAGCAGCUACAAUCGCUCCUCACCCGAGGCUUCCAGGUGCACGUGCUCUCAGUGACACUUCAUGGCGUUUUGGAUGCCCUGAAGGCCGAUCUGCAACCUGAUCACAUUGAGAAAUGUCUGCAGAAUCUGCUGGAGGUGGCCCUCAACGAUAUCUUUGGAGAUGUGAGCGCCGAGAAGGAGGUGGAAAAGAUUGUGGCUCACACGCCGGAGGCUAAACCAAGUGCCAAGAGCUAUCUGACCCUAAACAUAGCCUCGCGGCACAUCCGGGACAACUGCUUGUUGGAUCUCCUGCUGCCGUUCAAGGAGCACUUAGCCCGGUCGCACUCCCGUAAAGUCACGCAAAAGAUCCAGGAGUGCUUCGCCAAGAUUGUCGGCGGCCUGGUGGAAAACACGCACAUCGCCCGGGAGAGCCUGCUGAUAUUCAUCUAUGGCACAAUGUCGGAGAGCAUUAGUGAUCUCCUACCUGGCACCCAGAAGCGACAGCUUACGGACAAGGAACAGGCGCUGAUGAAAAGGUCGCGCCCGGACUGCCUAAUCCUCCAGCCUGCGCCGGGUAGGCGCAGCGUAGUCACAGGCAACAAGCAGGUGAAGUCCAAUGCCCAGGCCAAUGCUCACAUCCUGAUUGAGUUCGGGCUGGAGCUCCUUCAUUUCGUGUUAAAGCGAAAAAAGCUAACGGAUCUGGACUACCAGCCAUUCCUCCACCCCCUGCUGCCACUGCUGAAGGAUUCCCUAAGCAGCAACCAUGCCAGGACCACCACCUAUGCCCUAAAGUGCUAUACGGCCAUUUGGGUUGGUGAGUAUGAGCUUUCCGACCUCAAUGCGGAGGCCCUACAGCCGGUGGUGCAGCGCAUGUUUGAGAUCCUUAAGAACUUCUCGACUUUCGGAGCCACCCGGCAGGAGGAGAACGCCCAAUUGGUGAGGGCGAGCUUUAAAGCAGUGGUUGCCCUGCUACGCAAGUGCCAAGACUUUAAACUCAGCGAUGAGCAGAUCGAGCAGCUGCUCCUUCACGUCGAACAGGAGUUGCAGGAAGGCGAGUGCAGCAGCCAAACCAUGGUGUUUACCCUCCUCAAGGCGCUGGUGAGUCGAAAGGUGGAUACCCGAUCCCUGCAUGACCUCAUGAAGCGUCUGGGAGACCUGGCCAUAAUUUCGCCAUCGGAUUAUGUGAGGGACGAAUCGCGUGGCAUACUUCUCACCUACAUCAUGGAGUACACGCUGCGCCAGAAGGUGGAACAGAUGGUCAAGUUCAUGUCGGUUCAGUUGUGCUACAGCCAGAUCGCCGGUCGCCUGUCGGCCAUCCAGUUCAUGCACUCCAUCAUCAACAAGUUCCCCCAGCUGAUGCUGGUGAAGCAGUCGGAGUUCCUUUACCUUUCCCUGGGCACCCGACUGGUCAACGACGAGGAUCCCUCUUGCCGUCGCAGUGUAGCUGCCGCGUUGGAGGCCCUGAUCGCUCGCCUUACCAAAGUGGAACGGCAGCCUCUGCUAGACCUCACGAUGCUCUUCUUCACCGCACCGCAGUCCAGUCACAAUCCAGGAGUCAGGGAAAUGGCCGCCGCCCUACUCUCCCGAUUUGUUCAGGCGGAGAAGGCGGGCUUCUCGGAGAGGUUGCCUCUGGUGCUGCCCACCUUAGUGAGUGUCUUAAAUUCGGGUUAUGCGAAUGCAGUCGGAAGGUUUGUGCGGGCUCCCGGUUUCCAGGAGGCAGAGGUGGAUGAAUCCAGUCUACACAAAAAGGCGAAACGAAAGAAAUUCGGAAGCCUGCCCGAUGAAGACCUUCUGCUGGCGGGCCACGACACAGAAACAAGAGUGGAGCAGCAGCAGCGGAAGGUGGACCACCAGCUCAUCCAGCUACAGUACUGUCUUAUAAAAAUCUUCGAGCAUUGCGGCGAGUCGCUGAUGAGCAACGAAGAGCUCUCGGACACACUGGACGAACUAGCGUAUGGCUCUCAUCGUCUUUUGGGUCACGACCACAACUGGGUUCGUUGCAAUGCAGCCAAACUUUUAACCCACAUCCUGGCACAUUACGACUACGCCUACGUUGGACAACAGCUGGCGGGCAUUAAACGCGAAAAGGACACUGAGAAGGCGCUAGACUUUAUUUACGCACAGCCUUCUCAGGAUAUCAAGUCCCUGGUUCUGGAUCUGUGCGCCCAGGUCACUCCCGGUGAAACGGCCCAGGAAAUGAUCGAUGAACUAUCCAAGAUUCUGCUGUACGUCGGCCAUAUGCUGCGCGAUGUUCCCUUCAGUUUAAAACAGGAGAAAGAUGCGGAGGAGGUGGAUGGGCUCGUCAACAAAAUAAAUCUCAACUGGCUGCUGCGAAAUAUACGUUUCCUGAUCAAUAAGGAGGUGGCCAAGGCGCCUCACGAUAUCAGCAUUCGCACUGCCAUGUUCACGCUGAUAGAGGCGCUCGCUACGCUGCUCAGUGUGGAGACCGUCACCCGACUGGCACCCGCUCUCCUCCAGGCCCUGGUGCGCGAAAUGUCCGAGGAGGACCAGAACGUGGAUGCUGAACUGCGCCAGCAAGCUCUCCGCGUGGGCAGUCGGCUGAGAAAGCGCAUUGGUGCCGAUGUGUACGACAAGCUGAGGAACCUGGUGCAGACCAAGCUGAUGGCUCGCCGUGCCGAGCGCCGGAAGGUGGUGGCCCAGGAAAAGAUCCACGAUCCGCAGCGGGCGGCCAAGCGCAAGGCUGGCGUGCAGGAGCGCAAGAAAGCAGCGAAGCGCCUGAAGGCGGCAGUCGUCCGUGGCAAGGCGCCAGACCUCAAGCAAAAGCUUAAGAAGCGAAAGCGAAAAGCAGAAAUGGAUGGAUUUUAGUUACUCGGUUGUUCCUAAUAUAAGUAGUUAUACAACAAAUUUUAUUCUAUCUAUGCAAUUAAUAUGCUAUGCUGCGACACAGCGAUGUAAUGAGUCUAAUAUUAUAUCUUCUGUUAUACAAAAGAGUCAAUCGAAUUAUGCUACUCUGCAAGAUGCUAAAUUA